AUGGGAACUGUUGAGUAUCAUCGAUCCACCUCACUGACUAGAAGACAACUGCCCAAUGUCUUUGAUUUAUUGUCAACCACUAGUAUAAGUGGAUUCGGAAAGAAGAAAGAAAGAAAAAGAAUAACGGUGAUUUAUCAAGAGAUUGUUUCUCUCUCCAAAUAUAAACCGAUUGGAUUUAGGCAUAGUGUUUUAGAUGGAGUUGGCUUGACAUGUCUGACUUAUGUAUCCUUCUUUAAUAAUUGCUGCUUAAUUGGACGAAUUCAAAUUCUUUCUGGCACACUUUUCAUCAAUUUUUCUCAAUGGGUAAUCACCAACACCAUAUUGGUUAAGGAUGUGAUUCAGACUGAUUGA